AUGACUCCACGGAAGGAAAACAAUACACCCUCGUUCGAUCCAUUACUUGUUCACCGAAUUCUGCUAUUCACCCAUUGGUCCGAAUGGCCUACAAUCAAGCCAUACCAGAUUUCCAAUAUUUGGGCACAAGUUUGGCGAACGGAAUCCUUUGCCGAAAAUUAUUUCAUCAAUAUUUUGAAUUUAAAAUCGUGCGAGCAGGAACGAUUGAAACAAAUUCUUCACCGACUCACUUCGCUCUACGAUGAACCUACUACUGACGCACCUGUCAUGUAUGUCCCCGAGAUGAAACAAAUUAAAAAAGUGAAACUCACACCCAAAACGGGUUAUGCUCCACGUAUUGCUACUGGUUGCCAUUGGUACAAGACCUAUUGGGAUAUCUUGAAAGAGUAUAUUGCACUGCACAAGCAUGAAAUCAUUUUUGGAAAGUAUCAUCGAGAUGAGAAUUAUCAUUCUUUUUCACUCGAUACUGCAAAAUUAGACGACAUAAUUCAACGAGCAACUGCACUCAAAUCUGCUUUGGAAUUGAGAACGAAAUUGAAUGAAGCACUGAAUAUGAAAACAUUAACAAUCAAUGACGAAUCAGGCUUUGAAAUUAGCUUACCCUCGACCGUACUGAAACAAGUCGUUGGAGGAGAUUUAACAGUAUUUGUUCGUCAUGCCAAAGAUGAACGUUUGUCUACUGGAUCUUCAACGAAUGCUAAGAAAUCAUUUCUUGAUAUGACCAUAUUUCUCGCGUGUGGAUAUCCUCUAAGAAUAUUCUCUGCUUUUGAAAUGGCUUCGUCUACCUCAGAAUAUCGAAUCAGAGAGACGAUUCAAAUAUUUGAUGAGAUUUUAUUUGUGAAUGAAGUGAAUGAUUAUUAUGAUGAGACAUGUCAUUCCUCAGAAUUACUUCACAAGCUCAAGACAGUGAUAUUUCCAGAUUAUCAAGUUGCAUUGAAAGAUUAUGAAUCUGUUGAGCGUUUUACUGCGAACAAAAUGUUCAACACAAUUCUCUACCAUUUAUUAGCAUUGACCUUUGUCAAUGAGCACUCCAUGAUGUAUUUUUUAUGUGGUGAGUCUGAAAAAGCAGAACGUUAUUUUCCAAUUUAUUGGGAUAGUGACCUGUCUUUUUAA